AGAAGGUACGACCAAACAAUUCCCGUUUCUUCAUCACCAGUACGGGGUCUUCCGAGAGUCGCUCCUAAUCCUAAGAUCCUCAACUGCGAAAGUGAGCAGAAUGCUGCAGUGCGUCUUCCUCCUCUCCGAUUCCGGGGAGGUGAUGGUGGAGAAGCAGAUGACGGCGCACCGCGUGGACCGCGCCAUCUGCGGCUGGUUCUGGGAAUACGUCCUUGCCCACGCCGCCGGCGAUCCGUCCAAGGUCUUGCAGGUUGUGGUGUCCCCAACUCAUUACCUGUUUCAAGUAUAUCGCCACGGCGUGACCUUCUUGGCAUGCACCCAAGUAGAGAUGCCCCCGUUGAUGGCUAUUGAGUUUCUCUCUCGCGUGGCUGAUGUCUUGACAGAUUAUCUUGGAGAUCUGAAUGAAGACAUAAUCAAAGACAACUUUGUAAUUGUUUACCAGAUUUUGGAUGAAAUGAUGGACAACGGCUUUCCUCUCACUACAGAGCCAAAUAUCUUGAAAGAGAUGAUUGCCCAACCAAAUAUUGUGAGCAAAAUGUUGAAUGUUGUGACUGGUAAGAGUUCUGCUAUUGGUAACAAACUUCCAGAUGCAACUGCUUCUUUUGUACAUUGGAGAACAACAGUUGUCAAGGAUGCAAGCAAUGAGGCCUAUGUUUCCAUUGUUGAGGAACUAGAUGCAUGUGUGAACAGGGAAGGGGUUCUAGUGAAAUGUGAGGCAUGUGGUGACAUUGUAGUGAAUUCCAGUCUUCCGGGUGUACCAGAAUUGACCUUGUCAUUUGCUAAUCCCACAAUUAUCAAUGAUGUGAGGUUCCAUCCCUGUGUCCGAUUCAGACCUUGGGAGUCCAGUCAGAUCUUAUCAUUUGUUCCUCCUGAUGGGCAGUUCAAGCUUAUGAGCUAUAGGGUUAAGAAACUGAAGACUACACCAAUUUAUGUCAAACCGCAAUUAUCAUCUGAUUUAGGGAAUUGCCGUGUUAAUGUGAUGGUGGGAAUUCGAAAUGAUCCUGGAAAACCUAUUGAUUCUAUAACAGUGCAGUUUCAGUUGCCUCCUCUUAUUGCUUCUGCUGAUUUAACUGCAAAUCAUGGCACAGUUGACAUCCUUGCCGAUCAGACCUGCCUUUGGACAAUUGGGCAUAUUCCCAAAGACAAAGCGCCAUCUCUCUCUGGAAAUCUACGUCUCGAGGAAGGACUCGCUCAUUUGCACGUGUUUCCAACAUUUCAGGUGAAAUUCAGGAUUAUGGGGGUUGCACUGUCCGGGCUUCAAAUCGAUAGAUUAGAAGUGAAAAAUACGCCAAGUGCACCAUACAAAGGUUUUCGAGCCCAGACUCAAGCUGGAAGGUAUGAGGUCAGAUCUUAGGUGCUUGCUAAAGUCUCAGCCUCCACACUUUGCAGUCUAAUUGGACAUGAUACCAUAGGCCAGAACAGUGGGCUAUCAACAUAUCACGAUGACUUGUUGGCCAUCUAUGGCCAGUAUGGCUCUGUACACUGUUCUAGCUUGAUAGGUCUGCCAUACUUCAUGCCAACAUUCUGCGUGCAUCCAUUUUGCCCUGGUUGUAGAAGCAGCAGAAUCCUGCGUUGUUACCUACCAAGGCGAAGGCUGCUGCAUGUGGAUGCUUAGCAGAUGAUAUACGAGGUCAUGGGUUCUGUUGUAUUGUCAUGGGCACCAUUGAAUUCACUUAGGCUAAAAAAAUGAGUUAAUCUCUCAAUAUUCUGUCAUGCCUUAGACCUACCUACAGUUAGAAAAUUGGCAGUGUUUUCUUGUCAGGCUCUCAGCUAUUUGUGCGCUGUUGUUUUUUCAGAACAAUUGUACAAAGUGAGAAGUGUUUGCUUGUACCUCUUUUUGUAUAUAUUAAAGAUCGAUCCAGUCGUUGCUUGAAUGUGAUCUCUUGAA